CCUUAACAACAGCUUUUUAUUUUUUUUGUUAUUUCAUGAUUAACUCGUUCUACUCUCAUUUUAAACCGUAGCAUUCCGAAUGUGUCACGCCCCAAAACUCGAAUUCGAGGUGCGACAGAUGCUGUGCACUCGUGAGAAGGUUCCACAAAUGCACAAGGCUCGAAACUUAUCAUACUGUACUCUGAUACCACCAAAAUCUGAAGAUCAAAUCUUUAAAAUUUUCUUUCAUAUCAUAAAAUCUCCAAUACACUCUAGUUUACAAGAUCAUGAUUUAUUUCUAAAAAUCUAUAUCAAUCUUGAAAUGGCUAGCUUUCUAACUCGUCACUUCCCGUGGUUUCCCCGUCCUCAGUUUCGCUUCCUGAAAUGGUGGACAAAGAAAAACUAUGAGAUAAACUCAAUAAGUAAAAUAUGGAGUGCCCUUAUUAAACUUAUAGCAUGCCAACAAGUACAAUCACGAAAAACGGAUACAGUGCGAGAACGAAAUAGACGUCUCCUCUAUAGGUCAUGGCCAAUGUUUAAACCUCCCACUGGCAGGCAACAGGAAUUACUAGUGUAUAACCCCCACUAUCAAGGUUACAGGAACGAACCGGUUCUAACAGGAACAUAUCGACAUGUGCCGACAUGUGCUAGCGUUUAACCCCCACUAGCAGGGUUACAAGAACAUAACCACAUCGGAGACAAAACAGGCUGAAGUUAACAGAAAAACAUAAUUUACCAAUCACUUUCAGAUCAUCAGGACUGUAAUAUCCCAAAAUUUUGGGGUAUUUUAGCAUUAAGUUAAGGACCUUUGUGUGAGAAAAUAGUGUUUUGAGGCUUAAUGAUCAAAAUGUCCAAACUUGAGGGACUUAAAAAGAAAGGAAAUUAGGAUAA